AUGCAACCGGACAAGCAGCCGUCAGCGGAUCAACAUCCAGAGGGAAACCUCGAAAUAUUUCAUAGUGUCUUCCUUGCCGCAGUCUCUAAGACGGCACGAGAUCAUCGAUUUCACCGCGAUGACCUUGUACGACUCCCUAAACGCUACCAGGAUCUAGAAAACCACCCGAUGGGCCCAGACUUCAAAGAGGCCAUAAGGAAGGAAUUGCAUGAUCUCCUCCGACGAGGCACUUGGAGACUGGUCAAACGUGAAAAAGCACAGGGACCGCCUCUUCCACUGAAGUGCAAAGCUCGGAUCUGCGUCCGUGGCGACCUGCAGGACGAGGACGACGGACGGGAGACAUAUGCAGCCACACUUGCAGCAAAAACCUUCAGAAUCGUGAUGGCAAUCGCAGCCCGAUUCGAUCUUGACGUUAGACAAUUCGACGUUAGUAACGCCUUCCUAUACAGCGACAUAAAGAAGGACCAUCCCGUCUACGUCCGGCUCCCGCAAGGCUUCGCUUUGUAUGGUCUUCGAGAGUCUCCACUGCUUUGGUACAAUGAGAUCUCCCAGGCGCUCAAGGAGGCAGGGAUUGACCAUGAAGAACCUUGCGUAUUCACCAACGGCAAAAUCCUGGCUCUUGUCUAUGUCGACGACAUCUUGAUUCUCAACCCACGGCAAGAGAAGAAGGCUGUAAACGACCUUGUACAACAUCUCCAAUCCAAAUACGAUUUGCGCGAGGAAGAGUUCAAGUGGUAUCUUGGCAUCAGAGCUGUAAGGGAUCGACCAAACAGGAAGGUCUACCUCUGCCAAGACGCGUACAUCGAGAAAAUUGCGCGAAAGUUCAAGCUCAGCGACUUGAAACUCCGAGUACCAUCAAUCCCCAUCGCGACGAUCCCGCUCGUCAAGUACAACGGGCAGGCUACCAAGGAAGAGAUAAAGGCGUAUCAGGAACGAGUUGGAUCCUUGAUGUACAUCGCGGUCAUGACCAGACCCGAUAUAGCACGAGCAGCAGCCCAGCUCGCGAGGUUCCUGACAAACCCAUCGCCUGAACACCUUGAAGCCGCAAACCAAUGCAUCCGUUACCUCUAUUCAACGAGAUUCUUGGCGAUCGUCGACGCGUCAUUUGGAGAUGAUGUCGAGACCCGUCGUUCAUCGCAGAGAUAUGUGAUGAUGUUGUUCAACGGACCGGUCAUAUGGAAAGCUGGGCUCCAGGACACAGUCACGACUUCGACCACCGAAGCAGAAAUUCUCAGCCUAGAGAGAACAACCAAGGAGAGCUACGCCCUGGACCGACUAUUACGGGAUAUCUCUCUUGAUCUCGGGCCUCUGAAGAUUUACUGCGACAACCUUCAGUCGAUCCGACUGGUGGUUGAGGAGAACCAGAGAAUCACGACCAAGUUGCGGCACGUUGACAUACAGAACAUGUGGCUAAAACAGGAAUUCAAGAAGGAUAUCAAGAGGGAAGCAAAUUUGGAAGUGGGAUGUCGAUGA